AUGAUGGAGCUCACUCUGAAGAAAACCAAGGCGUACCAGGAGACCGAACGACUUCGAGCAAAAUACAAGUGCUCAGACAUCAGUCUCCAAUUCGAUGUAGAAGGACGCCCGCUCUCGAAUAUCUUCAACAAAAGGAUCAAAGAGAGGAUACGAGAGACCCAAGAGGCGAUGUGGAGAGACAACAUGCUCCUCAAGACGAGCCUCAGUACCUACGCCAUAGGAAAGAAGACUCGAGGUGUAACUAGCUUCACCUACGAUAACAGUAAGGGAAGCGCCCUCCUAGCUUUGGCCAGAGCCAACAUGUUGCCAACCAGAGCCCACAAGAUGUACCCCGGAACCGACAAAACCUGUCCCAGGUGUGGCAUCUACGAAGAGACGAUGGAACACGUCAUCUUCGAAUGCAACGACAUCUACCACACGGGAGAAGAACUCCUGUGCCGUCUCGGACUCCACGAAGGAGCAAACAAUGCAACCGAAAUAUACACCUCAAUCUAG